UCAGCGGUCACCCGCAUGAGCUGAUGCAGUACAUAUUAUAGGUUGCUGGUGGGUGCGCUAAUUUUAUUACCCGAAAAUCUGAAAAUACUUGACUACAUCUUAGACGAAGAUGGAAGAGGAAGCUAAACAACCAAUAUUUCGGGAUCUGGAGGCUGACAAAGGACCAGAAGCGACUGCAGUCGAGAGCUUGUGCGUUGAAUGCGAAGAAAUGGGCACCACGAGGUUCUUGAUGACAAGAAUUCCAUUCUUCAAGGAGAUCAUUUUAUCAUCAUUUGAUUGUCCACACUGUGGAUAUAAAAACAACUUUAUUCAAUCAGCAGGAGCUAUACAGGACAAAGGCUGUGAAGUUAUAUUAAAAGUCACUUCAAAAGAGGAUUUGAACCGGCAAGUUGUCAAGCAGGAUUCAGCAUCAGUGAGGGUCCCAGAGCUGGACUUUGAGGUUCCUAUGUUUUCUCAGAAAGGAGAAUUGAAUACGAUUGAGGGAAUAUUAUCAAGAGCUGUACAAGGUCUUGAGAGGGAGCAACCACUGCGAAAGGCCCUUGACCCUGACACUGCGAACAAGAUUGAAGAAUUUAUUGGAAAAAUGAAGGAAUGCAUCGAAGGGGAAAAGUCCUUUACCUUUGUGAUCGACGACCCAUCAGGGAAUAGCUUUAUUGAGAAUCCACUUGCACCUAAGGCUGAUCCUAACCUUGCUACCAAGGAGUACACUCGUACAGCGGAACAGAACCUUAAGCUGAACAUACAACCUGAAAAACAGGAGCAGACAAAGAAAGAGGCAGAUGAAAAAAAGCCUGAAGAAUUGAAAGAUGAGGUUCAAAUAUUCCAAACAAACUGCAACUCUUGCCAAGCCCCUACCGAGACCCGCAUGAAAUUUGUCUCCAUUCCCCAUUUCAAAGAAGUCAUCAUCAUGGCCACGGUGUGUGAUGCUUGUGGCAACCGUACCAACGAGGUCAAAUCAGGAACUGGUGUGGAUGCAAUGGGGACGAGGCUUACUCUUAAAAUAACCGACGAAAUUGAUUUAAGCAGGGAUGUUCUCAAGUCUGAAACCUGUGUGGUGACGAUUCCAGAAAUUGAUUUUAGCGUGGAAGCAGGAACCCUUGGGGGCCGGUUCACGACCCUUGAGGGACUCCUUACGAAUAUUUACGACCAUCUAAAGUCGGUAAACCCAUUUGGGUUGGGAGACAGCCCAGGACUUGGAAGGGAAAAUCUCAAGUCCUUUCUAGCGUCUUUGCAAGAGAUCAUAUCGGGCGAAAGAAUGAACGUUCAUAUAAUCUUGGAUGACCCUGCUGGGAACAGUUAUAUCCAGAAUGUUUAUGCACCCGACCCAGACCCCGAGCUCAAGGUAGAACAGUACGAGCGAACCGAGGAGCAAAACGAAGACCUGGGACUAGUUGGGAUGAAAACCGAAGGAUACGAAAAGGAUGAGCAAGGCUCAUGACUGACCAACAUAUAGAAAGGCUCCUUAGGGUCAUAUUAUUUUACUCAGGCCAUUCAAGGGGCUUUCGAUAAUGAUGGAAUAAAAAAUCCAUAAUUAAGUCCGGAACAGGAUGAUUUAUUUAACUCGCUUUUACAGUUGUGAUUUUUCUGGUUUUGCACUGAUCAGUCUAUAAGUUGUUAUAGACAUGGUAAAUUACUUCUGAUUGGCUAAAAGCAGUUUAGAUUUCAGGUAAUUUAGUGCAGAAAAAAGGUAAUUCGGUGCACUAUACUUACCGAAACCGUAAGAUUACUUAUACUUUUCCCGCAUAUCAACAUUAAACACGAAAACUUUCAAA